AUGGGGAAUUGUGUUUCUACUUAAGAUGAUAUCAGAAAUGCAAACAAAGUUUCACCUGUUUCAUUGUAAGAAUAUAUAUAUAAAUAAAAAAAAGAACAAUAAAACAUUUCACUUGGAAUCGCGAUUCUCAUGGUUUAUUUGAUUAUGAAAACAAGAAUGUUAUAAAAGGUUAGAUAAAAACAAAUACAUAAUUAUGUAAUAUAGAAACUUAAAUUAGUGAGAUUAGUUCGUUAAAAAGAAAAUAUUAAAAUAAUCUAAACAAAAGAGGAAUUAUAAGUAGCAAAUAAGUUUAUUGAUAUAGUAAUUCUAAAAUUAACCAGAUGUCAUAGAAUUACUUAAAUUGACACGUCAAUUUUCAAAAUAUUAAGUUGAAUCUAGUUUGAAGAUCUCUAAGGCAGAAGAUUAAGAAGGUUUAAAUGAUAACUGUCCAUGGAUAGUUGUAAAAUCAACAAAAAGCAAAUUAUCUGAUGGAUAAGUAUAAAAUAAAAAUGAUCAAUAAAGGGAUAUGAUUUAAAAGAAGGAGAUUAUGUGAAAUUAGGGAGAGUGAGAUUUAGAAUUAGAGAAAUCAAAUGUUCUGUUGAUAAUAAUAAUACAAAUAAAGGUAAUUAGGAACCAGAAUUGUAAAAAUAUGUAUCAGAAAAAUGUUUAAAUACAAUGAAUAUAAAUACAUAAGAAGAUGAUAAAAAAAGUUAAUCAGAAGAACCUUGUUGUAAAAUAUGCUAUAAUGAUUCCUAAACAAAUGAAAACAAUCCUUUAAUUGAUUGUUGUAAAUGUUAAGGAUCUGUUAAAUAUAUACAUAUCUAAUGUUUGUAAACAUGGUUAGUUAGUAAAUUAUAACCAAAAACAACUAAGUUUUCAGUUUCAUUUCAAUGGAGAUAAUUUGAUUGUGAAGUAUGUAAGGCCAUUAUUCCUAGUAAUUAUAAUUAUAUUAAAUAUCUAGGUAGAAUAAGAUAUCAAGACAGAAUUUUUGAGACAAUAAUUAUACCUAAACCUGAUGCUCCAUAUAUAACAUUAGAAAUCUUAAGUAGAGAACGUAAUAAGAGCAAAGGAACUCAUAUAAUUAGUUUUGCAUAAAAAUAACAAAUAAAAUUAGGCAGAGGUCAUGAUUCAGAUGUAAGAAUAACAGAUAUUUCAGUAUCUAGAUGUCAUGCUUUGAUUAAAUUUAUUAAUUGUAAAUAUUAUAACAGUAAUUCUAGCUGGAUUUAUACUUGAAGAUUAGUAGUCGAAAUUUGGAACUUUAGUUUUAUUGAAGAUUCCUGCUUUGAUGUCAGUUGAUUUAAAUAAUAAUAUGGCUAUCUAAGUUGGUAGAAGUGUUGUUAGUUUUUAAGUAUCAAAGGAUUGGAAUGUAUAAUCAUGUUGUAUGUAUUCUAGAUAAUCUCAUCAAUAAAUAGGGGAGGAAUAUCAGAAGAUUAACAGUUACAAGAUGAUACAGAUUUAAUAGGAAAUGCUGUUGGUGAUGAAGAUUAAGCAUAGAUUGAAUAAGAAUUAUAAAACUUUGAAGAACAUACACCAUGAC